CCCAUUGAAUGCAGAUGGGCACAUCUUCUGGCGCUGGGGACGUUGUGUCGGAGUCGUCGAGGGCUGUUGUUGCAGGUGGACAUCGGAUCUUCCACCCCGUUAUAAUAUUGUCUUGUCAUGCUCUGUUGUCUUUCUGUUCUCAGGUUGCGUGGUCUUCUCUGGGCUGCAGGUGGCGAUGCCACGAGCGACAUGAGUUCGUGUCUGCAGCUAGGCUGUCCAGUUCCGGUUGGUUUGGCUUUUUGUAGGCAUUUUGUCACUUGCCGCUACUCCGUGGGAAGGCACCCUUGCUCCGGCACAGGACGCGAAGCAUUCGGUACGAAAAGCGAAUCAACCGAAUUGCUGGCAGUCUGCGUGGAAGGCAGGUUAUCGUCAUUUUGCUUUACCUGAUCAUGUCUGUGAGUGUGUAGGCUGGGGCUGAUAUCGGCGUUGGCAGCAGGUGCCGUUUUCUGGAUCAACCAUCGACGCAAUCUCAGGAGGCGCGAGGCAUUGGAGACUCUACAGUAAGAAUGGCCUUACAUUCUCUAGUGCAUGUGUGUGAGCGGCCUGGACGUGAUGAACAGGCAACAGGACGUCGAGAAGAUGAAAUUCAUGGUGAGACAGAAAUGACCAUGAUCGAUGCAGAAGAGUUUGUGUUUGUGUUUGGCUGCAGAAGGCGGACAGCCUGGCUACACCUCUGUCAAUGCCCGAAGAGACGGAGGAGGCCGAGUUGAAGAUCCCGUCGUUGAUCCAGGAGGCCAAGGCAGAGGACCGAAGGAUGGGCUGGGAAAGAUGA